AUGUUGGCAUCGCUGGUGCAUGCCCGGCACGCUGAGCCCCCCCGGCACGCUGAGCCCCCCGAUCCUCAGCGCCCACCUAAGCCAGGGCCCCGGGGUGUCCCCGGGGUGUCCCCCCACCCCGCCAUGGCGCUGGAGGUGGGGGUCGAGGCGCUGCUGGACCUGAGCUUCCUGACGGAGGAGGAGCGAUGUGCCAUCGCAGAGGUGCUGCGCCGCGACUGGCAGCUCCGCCGGCGCGAGGAGGGGCGCAUCAGCAAGCUCCGCAAGUCGGUGUCGGACCCGGCGCGGCUGCGRGUGCUCACCGGGGACUGGUUCUGCGACGCCCGCGCCCACAGCCCCAGGGAGGAGGAGCUGGUGGCCACCGAGCCCCAGAGACCGGAGACCCUCCAGACAGAUCAGACACUCCCAGACCAGGUGCCCCCACAGAAUGGCCACACCCGCCCAAGCCUGCUGAGCACCAGCUCCUCCGUGUCCAGCCUCAGCUCCUCCACGCUGAGUGGGAGCCUGAUGAGCCUGUACAGCGAGGGGGAGCUGGGCAGUGUGGCCGUGAGGGGCUGUGUCCAGUUCUCCCUCCACUACGACCCGGCCAGGAAGGAGCUGCAGGUCCACGUGGUGCAGUGCCGGGAACUGGCCGAGGCCAAGAGGCAGCGCUCGGACCCGUACAUCAAGACGUACCUGCUGCCGGACAAGUCCAACCGCAGCAAGCGCAAGACCGCGGUGAGGAAGAGGAGCUUGGAUCCCAUCUUCAAUGAGACCCUCAAGUACAAGCUGGAGAAGAGGGACCUGCAGGGCCGGACCCUGAACCUCUCGGUGUGGCACCACGACAGCCUGGGCAGGAACCUCUUCCUGGGGGAGGUGGAGGUCGCACUGGGUGCCUGGGACUGGGCCAACACACGCCCUGAGUGGUUCAACCUCCAGCCACGGAUGCCCAUCCCCUCGGACGGCCUCGCCAGCCGGGGCAACCUCAGCUUGGCACUGAAGUUCAUCCCCGCUGGCUCGGAAGGCAGGGGGAAUCCACCCACGGGCGAGCUGCACAUCUGGGUGAAGGACGCUCAGAGCCUCAUCCCGCUGCAGAGUGGCACCGUGGACGCCUUUGUGCAGUGCUACGUGCUGCCGGAUGACAGCAAGGCCAGCCGGCAGAAGACGCGGGUGGUGAAGCGGAGCCUGAACCCCCUCUUUAACCACACCAUGGUCUACGACGGCUUCCAGGCCAAGGACUUGGCCGAGGCCUGCGCCGAGUUCACCCUCUGGCACCAGGAAGCCUUUUCCAAGCGCCAGCUGGGCGGCAUCCGGCUCAGCCUGGGCACCGGGAGCAGUUACGGGCUGCCCGUGGGCUGGAUGGACUCGACGGCAGAGGAGCAGGGGGUGUGGAAGCGCCUCCUCCAGCAGCCCCGGCAGUGGGUGGAAGCUCUGCUGCCCCUGAGGACCAACCUGGCCCCCCGGGCGUAGCCCCCCGGUCCCACAAGGACCACCUGGUGCCAGUGGGACUGUGGGACCUGGGGGGAUGGAGACCUGGAGCAUCACUGUGCAGGGCUGGGGGUCUGUGCCCUCCCCUUCCAGCAGCAAUGAAGUGACAUCAGAGGGCA